AUGCCACCCAACCACCAUCACGACGCGCUCCUCUGGAUGGCGCCGCUGCUGAGCGGCGGUGGCUACUCCUCCGAGAGCCUCGGCUUUGCGCUCGGCCUGCACAACCUCACCCGGCUCGAUGGCGGCCUGAUGGCGGGUGUCCGCCAGUUUGGCGAGCCGCAGGAUGAGAGCUUCGUGGAGGGCCUGCCAAAGGCUCUGAUCCCGCCGCUCCGCCACCUCUUUGGCGCGGGUGCCUCGCAGGACGCGGCGUCGGGCGUGGUCGUUUGCCACUCCACUCCCGAUGCGUGGGUGCCGUCCAAGUUCGAGGGCUGGGACGAGCUCGAGCCCUGCCCGCCCCCGACCGCCGCCGUGUCGGUCGGUCGGACAAUGUUUGAGACCGACUCUGUCCCGAGGGAGUGGGUCGAGCGCCGGAUGGACGAGGUCUGGGUGCCGACACACUUCCACGCCGAGGCGUUUGCGGCGGCGGGUGCCGAUGAGCCGGUGGAGCUCACUGGCGAGACGGCGCCGCCCUACACUGACUCGUGUGGUCAGCACCAACUCCAUCCACAGGUGGAGCUCGUCAUCAAGACAAGGCCCUUCUACUCGAGCGGCGACUUCGAGACGCUCGUUGAGGCCCCCGCCGCCGAGUGCACCGAUUUCGCCGCCGAGCGCGGGCUGCCGCCGCGGCGAGACCGGCCGGCGGUGCGGCUCCUCGACACAGAGAUGCCUCUGCGGAGGCUGCCCUCGCUCUACGCGGCCGCCGACGCUUUCGUGCUCCACGCGGCGGGGGAGGCGAUGGCGAUGGGGCUGCCGGUGAUCGCUACCAACUGGUCCGGGCCAACCGCGUUUAUGUCCGGCGAGACGGGCUCUUUCUGCUCGCUCGCUCCCAACUGA